CCGCAGACCCCUCCUGGCUUCCUGCCUGCGGCCCCAAUGAAGAAAACCAACAUGUGGUUCUUGGAGCGGCUUCGGGGGUCGGGGGAGAAUGGAGCCACGGGGGGAGAGGGUGGGGACAAGGCCGCCAAGGGGCCCCUGUACAGCAACGUGCUCACGCCCGACAAGAUCCCCGACUUCUUCAUCCCUCCCAAGCUGCCCGCCAGCCCGGCAGAGCCCGAGGGGCAGGCUGAGCUGGGGCCCUCGACCUCGGAGCAGAACCUGGCCUCCGCUCCGCCCCGCCGAGGCCCCCGGAGCCCCCGGCUGCCCGCCAAGCUGGCCGCCGAGAGCAAGAGCCUGCUGAAGGCGGCCACCCGGCACGUGAUCCAGAUAGAGAGCGCGGAGGACUGGCCGGCGGAGGAAGCUGCCACCAACGCCGACCCCCAGGCCCAGGGGGCCAUGUCGUUGCCCUCGGUGCCCAAGGCCCAGACGUCCUAUGGCUUCACCACGUUGGCCGAGAGCCCCCACACGCGGCGCAAAGAGUCUCUGUUCCACAGCGAGCAUGGGGCUCUGGCCCAGGUGGGCUCCCCGGGCACCCGGCGCCGUAGGGGUACCGCCAAGGGCAACGGGGGCGACGGGGCACCUAGAGAGGCCAGCGGCGCCCUCAUGAGCCCGGGCCGCUGCGUCAGCGGUGGGGAGAGCGACACGGCUUCCUCGGCCGAGUCCUCUCCAUUCGGGUCUCCCCUGCUCUCACGCUCUGUGUCACUGCUCAAAGGCUUCGCCCAGGACAGCCAGGCCAAGGUGAGCCAGCUCAAGCACUCGGUGGGUCGCCAUGGCUCCCUGUCAGCCGACGACAGCACACCGGACACCAGCCCCGGGACGCGGCGCCGCUUCCCCCGCAGGGCUGCCCCCGAGCCCGGCCCGGAGCCCAGCCCGACACCCCGCGCGGAGCACGCGGUGCGCAUGGGUGUGCGGGGCAGCGUGCGGCUGCUUGCCGAGUACGAGGCGGCCCAGGCCCGCCUGCGGGUGCGCCUGCUGGCGGCCGAGGGCCUCUACGACCGCCUGUGCGACGCCCGCAGCAUCAACUGCUGUGUGGGUCUGUGCCUAGUGCCGGGCAAGCUGCAGAAACAGCGCAGCACCAUCGUCAAGAAUAGCCGCCACCCCGUCUUCAACGAGGACUUCUUCUUCGACGGCUUGGGGCCGGCCAGCGUCCCGAAGCUGGCCCUCAGGAUCAAGGUGGUCAACAAGGGCAGCAGCCUCAAGCGGGACACGCUGCUUGGGGAGAAGGAGCUCCCGCUGACCUCCCUGCUUCCCUUCCUGUAAAGGCCCCG